AUGCGCCGUACGUCGGUAUCGCUACCGACCAACAAGAUCGCCCACGACCCUCACGAGAAACGCGACCGCUAUCAAGCAAACCACCAAGGAGCCGGCAUCCUGGAGAAGGCAAGCGCAAUCAUGUCACAGGCCAAGCAGGCCCGGUGGUUGAAGACCACUGCGAUCCUCUUGACCGUAGUCUUCCUCUUCUACUAUUUCUCGCCUUCCGGCGUUGAUCUGUACCACGAGGUCUCCUCGUCCAAGGGCAACGCUGGUGGCCAGGUUCCUACCGAUUCAUCCUACGGCACCGACCGCUGUACCAAAUCGAGCUCCAAGGAUAAGCCCAUUGUCCAGUAUGUCUCCAUGAUUGACGCUGGCAGCACUGGCUCUCGCAUCCACGUCUACAAGUUCAACAACUGCGGCGCCACUCCCGAGCUCGAGAACGAGGUCUUCAAGAUGACCAAGAAGAUCGAGGGCCAGAGCAGCGGUCUGAGCGCCUACCCCGACGACCCCAUCGCUGCCGCUAAGAGCCUGGAUAGUCUGAUGGAGGAGGCCCUCAAGACCGUUCCCGACAAGCUGAAGGCCUGCAGCCCUGUCGCUGUCAAGGCCACCGCCGGUCUCCGUCUUCUGGGUGCUGAGAAGAGUCAGCGGAUCCUCGACGCCGUCCGCGAGCACCUCGAGACAAACUACCCUUUCCCAGUCGUCUCCAAGGAGGAGAACGGUGUUGCCAUCAUGGACGGCUCCGACGAGGGCGUCUAUGCCUGGAUCACCACCAACUAUUUGCUCGGCAACAUCGGCGCUCCGGAGCACCAGGAUACCGCUGCCACCUUUGAUCUUGGCGGAGGCUCAACCCAGAUUGUCUUUGAGCCCAACUUCAAGGGUCUCAGCCAGGGCGGUAUGCCCGAGAAGCUCGCUGCGGGUGACCACAAGUACGACCUCGAUUUUGGUGGCCGCCACUUCACUCUUUACCAACACUCUCACUUGGGCUAUGGUCUGAUGAGCGCCCGCGAGGCCAUCCUCAAGACCCUGGUCGAGGACUAUGCCGAAUCUAAGAAGUCCGACAGCACCUGGACCAGCUCUCCCGUCGUCAACCCUUGUUUCUCGACCGGCAUGUCCAAGACUGUCAAGGUCAAGCUGGGCGAAGGCCACCCGCUCGGCAGCGUCAGGGAGUUCAACAUGACUGGGCCUUUGACUCCUGCCCCGGCCCAGUGCCGUAACCUCGCCGAGCGCAUCUUGAAGAAGGAUGCGACCUGCGCCCUGGCCCCUUGCUCCUUCAACGGUGUCCAUCAACCUUCGAUUGCUAAGACCUUCGCCAAGGAGGACAUCUUCUUCCUGUCCUACUUUUACGACCGCACUCAGCCUCUUGGCAUGCCCGAGUCCUUCACUCUGCGUGAGAUGGCCGAUUUGACCAGCCGCGUUUGCGGCGGUGAGCAGGCGUGGGACAUCUUUGGCAGCGUCCCUGGCGCCCUCGAGGAGCUCCGGGACCGCCCUGAGCACUGCCUGGACCUGAACUUCAUGGUUGCCCUCGCCCACACCGGCUACGAGAUGCCCAUCGACCGCGAGGUUCGGAUCGCCAAGAAGAUCAAGGAGAACGAGCUGGGAUGGUGCCUGGGAGCUAGUCUGCCUCUGCUGCAGAAGGGCUCAGGCUGGACCUGCAAGGUCACCGAGGUGCACUAG